UUUGUUUUAACCGUCUGGUGAAUUUCACGACGGUCUAAUCUCCUCCUCCUCCACACGCGCCGACCACUCUCUCUCCUCUCUUUCGCUCUGUUGUAAUUCUCGAUGUCAACUAUUUCCUUCCUCUCUUGUUGCUCUUAGGGUUAGGGUUUUUUUUUUUGAUUUUUUGCUUUCUCCCAUAUCCUUCAAUCAAUGUGAAAAAAAAAGCUCUCCUUUUUGGCAGUUUCCGAUGUAUGGUCGCCAUUCUCAACCGGUGCUUAUCCCCAACAACGACUCUGCUGGUGGUGGUGAAGACCAUGUCUCUGCCUCCGCAACGUCCGGUCACAUUCCCUAUGACGAUAUGGAUGAAAUCCCCCAUCCUGACUCCAUCUAUGGUGGUACUGGUUCCGAUUUGAUUCCCGAUGGCUCUCAAUUGGUUGCUCACCGAUCCGAGCCCUCUGAAUUACUUGUUUCUCGUCCUCCUGAAGGUGCCAAUCAGCUUACGAUCUCCUUCCGUGGUCAAGUUUACGUUUUUGAUGCUGUUGGUCCUGACAAGGUCGAUGCUGUCUUGUCUCUGUUGGGUGGUACUACUGAGCUCGCUUCUGGUCCGCAGGUGAUGGAACUAGCUCAUCAGCAGAAUCAUAUGCCUGUUGUAGAAUACCAAAGCCGCUGUAGCCUUCCGCAACGGGCGCAAUCCUUGGAUAGGUUUCGGAAGAAGAGGAAUGCUAGAUGUUUCGAGAAGAAAGUAAGAUACGGUGUUCGCCAAGAAGUGGCUUUAAGAAUGGCGCGCAAUAAAGGUCAAUUCACCUCUUCAAAGAUGACCGAUGGGGCUUAUAACUCGGGCACAGAUCAAGAUUCUGCCCAAGAUGAUGGUCAUCCAGAAAUAUCGUGUACUCACUGCGGCAUUAGUUCCAAAUGUACACCGAUGAUGCGACGUGGCCCUUCCGGCCCCAGGACUCUCUGCAAUGCCUGUGGACUUUUCUGGGCUAACAGGGGUACAUUGAGGGAUCUCUCAAAGAAAACAGAAGAGAAUCAGUUGCCUUUAAUCAAAAUGGGCGAGGGUGGUAGUAUUGCCGAUGCUGACAAUUCAAACUCUGAACCUGCAACUGUUGAAGAAGACACUUCCUUGGUUCCUCUUGCCAAUGGGGAAAAUUCUAAUGUGUUAGGUAAUCACUAGGUUCUGUGAUAAGAAUCGGUGAAAAUAGAAGAAAUCCUUGUAGAAUCAGUUGGUCUUUCGUUAUGAAUUUUAUCUCUUCUCAUCAUCACAUGUAUUAUAGAAACCAUAACCGAACCUCAAAGCAAAUACCAUUUCAGAUGUCUUUGGUUUAAGAGUUUGAUAAUCAGAAUAGUUCUGUUGUUAUUGUGCCUGUAACCAUAUCCUGUGACAUGGUGAGGUUAAAAGGGUAAAGUCGAUUGUGAAGGGGAAACAAAGACUUGCGUCUGAUGUCCAAUUCAAAACAGAUUUGAUCAGAUUGAAGAAACGUUAUUAACCUUAA